UAUAUAUAUAUAUUAAUUUGUUUCUAUAAAUAUAUUUAAAAAUUACUAUCCUCCAAGUGCACUUGUACGCUUUAUUAGCGCCAGUUAGAUUUUAUGUUUAGUCAUUUUUUAAUUAUAAAAGAGAGCAGUGGCAGAAGAUUAUUAUGGAUCUCAUUGCUGGCGAUGUUCUACAAAAAAUGCGCGAAGAUAAACAUAUUCAGCCUAGACGACGAAAGCGUCAUUUAGGCACGAAGGGACGACAUAAUAAAUCUGAACAUCUUUCGCGCAGCGUAGAACUUAGACGACCUUCUAACGAUAUUAAUAAUUCGUUGAUAGGUUCACACAGCUACGUAAAUGAUUAUAUAUCGAGAAGUUCAUGCAACGUCUCAUCGGUCGAUGAGGAUAGCGUCAAUGAGCUUGUUCAGCUUAAUAGGAAAAAGAAUAAAUUACUAUCAGCCUUCCGAAACAAAGCAAGACGAAUACGAGCCUUCUCUAAAGAACAAUUAUCCAGAUUUGUCGGGCGAACUAAUGAUGUUUGUCCAACUACUGAGACUUUUGACGCCUUGUUCGAUGAAGCCAGAAGGAGGGAAGAACAGUUAACAACCCUUCAGAAUAUAUCUUAUGAUUCUGGUGUUCAAAUGGUAAGUUUACAAACAAAUACCUUUUCCUUCCUUUUCAACAUGCAUGCUCACACCACCUCUAGUAAUAGUAUUGUGUAG